AUGAUAGUUUUAAACGCGACGUCGAAAAAACUCCUCGCCGUAAUCCUCGCUUUACUCAUCAUCGUCCUCGGCACGUUCUUCGGGGAAACGCAAGCGAGCAAAGGCACGACCGAAGCCGGGAAGGCGUUCUUAACCGAAAACGCGUUAAAAGAAGGCGUGGUGUCCCUCCCGUCGGGUUUGCAAUAUCGCGUGUUAAAAUCAGGACCGAAAGGAGGGAAGAAACCGAAAGUGAACACGCCGUGCUUGUGCCACUACAGAGGGACGACGAUCGAAGUACGAAUUUAUGACUUUUUUGCAGGAACAGCGCGAGUGAAUCGAGGCGAAGAGUUUGACUCCUCGUACAACCGCGGCGAGCCGACGAAGUUCGCGCCGAACCAAGUGAUUAAAGGCUGGACGGAAGCCAUGCAGUUGAUGUCGGAAGGCGAUAAGUGGGAGCUGGUGAUUCCGUCUGAACUCGCGUACGGGGACAGAGCGAUGGGUCCGCAAAUUACGCCGGGAUCCGUCCUGGUGUUUGAAAUGGAAAUCGUGAAAGUCGGCGUCUAA